CACAGCUCAGUUGUUGUAAUAAAUUACUCAAUAUCGUGUUAGUGCUCUUCUUUCGUCGGGCCUUUCCAAGCUACAAGGGCAGCUCCGAAACGCUCUGUCCGGGGACUCCGAUGUGGCACGGAUCCAGCAUAGUUGCGAGAAACGUCCCACUACAAGCCCAUCCCUACGUAGAAGAGCCCCGUCAGGAUGACCUGACCUCAUUUGUCCACUAUUAAUCAUCAUCUGUCUUGUCCAUGUCUUAAUCUUCUACUUGCCCCUCGCCACCAUGGGAACUGGCUCGACGUAUGCUCGUUCUUUAGACCCUUCCAUACCAACUAUGUGAUAUUGUGGUGCAAAAGGACUGCGAUUUACACGCCUGCCUAUUCGCUCUCGAGAAUUUUUGAGACACGUUACAGUAAUGGCCGAAUUACCUAUCACCGCAGACCCUGCUGUCGAGGGUUUUAUGGAGCCUGAUUUGAGUGAUGAAGGAUACGCAGAAUCUUCCGCCUCCACAUAUGUGACAUCGAUUGCAUCGGACAUUCGCCGAGGAGUUGAAGAAAAUGGAAGGACGUAUCCUGUCUAUGGCAAGAAUGAAUACGGUAUGCCUGUUGAUGAUAAGGAGCAGGAUCGGCUUGAUCUUCAGCAUUGCAAAUACACGCUGUUGCUAGAAAAUAAGCUUUUCUUAUCACCCAUCCCUGAAAAACCUCAGAAGAUUUUGGAUUUGGGUACAGGAACUGGCAUCUGGGCCAUUGACGUGGCUGAUACAUACCCCUCUGCUCAGGUGAUUGGCACCGAUCUAGCCCCUGUCCAACCGACUUGGGUUCCGACAAACUGUCAAUUCGAAAUAGAUGAUGCCGAAGAUGAUUGGGUGUACGCUAAAGACAAUUUCGACUUGAUUCACGGUCGAGAUUUUACAUUUGCCAUCAGGAACUGGACCAAAUUGAUACACCAGUCUUACGAACAUCUAAAGCCAGGGGGAUAUCUAGAAUUGUCCUGUGUUUAUCCUGUACCAAAGUGCGACGAUGGCACGCUUCCACCUGAUUCCGCUUACGUCGAAGUCUCCCGCACAUAUAACGAAAUGGCCAAAUUGGCAGGUUGUCCCGCCGAUUCUCCGCUACAUUACAAAGAAUGGAUGGAAAAAGAGGGCUUCGAGGACGUCAAAGAAGUUAUAUAUAGAAUGCCGACAAGCCCUUGGCCCAAAGACAAGAGACUUAAGAAGAUUGGGGGUUUCGAAAAAUUAAACCUCUUGGAAGGCGCACAGGGUUUCCUGGUUCGAGGCUUCACCGGUGUCUUGGGCCGCACUAGAGAAGAAUUGGAGCUCUUGUUGGCAAGAUUACGGGAGGAGUUGAGAACUCCCAAAUUUCACAGCUACGUGCCUUUCUAUGUUGUCUACGGAAGAAAGCCAGGAGCUAGUUCGGCUGCCUAGUGCAAUAAUCCCAGAAGCAUGGUUUUCGAACUACCUCCUGGCUUCGUUUUAUGCUUUCAUUGAUGUUUGUCCCGAGAUGAAACGGUCAUGGGUGGUCGUGCUCCAUUCAAAUUGUCUAUGGACUUGGAGUGACGGAAGAGAUAACGAAGCAUCAUUUUCUGAGGCCAAUGCAGUAUCUUUUAUGACUCGAGGAGCAUGUGAAAGUCGAAAAGGUCUUUGUCAAAAAUAUAUAGACAGAUUACUCAAUAUUUUUCUCGAUCAUCUUGUACCAUGUGGACCCUACCUUCAUUUUGCAGGUUAGGUCCAUGUUGAAGAACGCUUCAUAAAAUCCGGUAUGAGAUAGUCUUGUAUGCUUUAGCCCAGGUGCGAUAUCCGACAAAUUUUGACAACUACACUUGAAGCUAUUUUCCUAACAAAUUGCCGGCA